GGAUGGAAGGUAUAAAGAAAGCGUAAAGAAAGAGAUAGAGUAAAAAAUGUACUAUACGGAAGAUUCCAGAUCGAGAUUGUAUGUAUAUGUACGUUGUGUUAAGGGACAUGUAAAAUGAGAUUGUGUAAGAUAUAAAUAUACGAAUGCUGAAUGGAUGUAAAUCUUAGAUUGUAUAGACGUUUAGAGCUGUUUGAAGAUAAAAGUGUAACAAUUAUAAAUAUUUACUUAAAAUAUUGGAUGGAAAUUGUUAUUGUUACAAUUGAUUUUAAUAAUGUUAUGAUCAUGUCGCAGUAUUUGUUUUGAAAAUGUCACAAUUUACUACAACAAAUGUUAUUAAUGAAACAUCUUCCAAGUUAACAUAUCAUGAUUAUAAUAAAACAAGGUCUAAUUUACCAUUUCAAAUAGCCCUGUAUGUAAAUCUAUGGCUUUUCCCAGUUUGGCUGUUGAUUACUGUUGUAAACUUGGAUGCAAAAUACAAUAAUUUGACAAAUGUUUAUAAAUUGCUAACUAUAGCAAUAUUUCUGAUACUUUCAAUUUUUGAAAGCUUAAAGUUAUAUUUGGGAUACCUUGGAAAUCUUACUGGAAAGAUUCCAGAAUUAACUACUUGCUGGUUAAUCUCGAUAUUAAUACAACUUCCCCUAGAAGCAUUUCUCCUUUUUGAUCGUGGAAUACCAUUUCAUUAUAGCGAAACAUUUAUCAAUUCUUUCAUGGUCUGCCUUCUUCUUAUCGAAAUUAUUACAGGUACGAUAGCUUUAAUGAAUUUAGCAGAUCAUCGUGCUAAAGUGUUUUAUUUAAUGCAUUUAUACAAUACAUGUACAUAGGAUGGAUGUUAAACUGUUCUAAAAUACCUUUGUAGCUAGUCUCAUUUUUUAAUUAUAUAUAGAGUUUUGAGCAAAUACUGGCUAAGUGUAAUUACUGUACAGUAUACUAGUACAUUAUAUUAAAAUACUAUUGCAGAUGUUUCCUUUAGCAAAUAUUCUCAGUUAACACAAUACCUAAUGAACACAAUUCUCAGACUAAUAAAAUGUCUUAUCUCAGAGAUUAUUAGUUUUAUAAAAUAACUGUAUCGCUAAUACGUUUUUUCGUAAACGCAUUAAAUAAAUUUCCAUGCUCUUUAUAAUGAUGCUAAUCUCGGUAGUUUGUUCAUUAGUAAAUGUUUGUAAAAGUUGCGAACGUGUAGGAACCAUGAGCGAAAGAAGCUGUUAACAAAAAGUCGAAAAUUAUAGUAAAUAAUAGUAUGUAAAUAAAUAGAAAAGUUGUAGAAAGUAUUAAUUUAUUUGAAAAAUAUAAACUCAUAUUUCGUCAAACUCAA